UAUUCUUUACAUCGUGGAAGUGUAAAGAGGAGAGAUGUCUUCUCCAGGCUGAUGCAGGAGUGCAGCACUCCAGAAUGUUGAGAGGAAUUGCUAAUAGUGCAACACAUGUAUUUACAUUUUCGUUGGCUAGAUCUCAGCACUGCAAACCAUUGUUGACUCUCUCAUCUCUGUGGAAGAACAUAAAGGAUGCAAGCUUUUUACAGCAUUCCAGUUAUACAACUGAUAUAAAAUCGAAAGUGGAGAACAAAAGAACUGUGGAGAAUCUCUACAGAUUAGCCGUUGAUAUUAAAAAAAUUCGGAGACUAAAGGAGUGGGUCCUCUUUCAGGAUGCAGCCUAUGUUAAAGAAACUGCUAACGCUUUACGUGAAAUGGGAGCUGAUAAGACUGCCAUAGCAAAUAUUUUGGAACGUUGCCCAGAGGCAAUCCUCCGUACCCCAGCAGAGAUAAACUCUCAAAGAGAUCUGUGGCAAUCAGUAUGCCAAAAUGAAAAACAACUGGUCAAAUUAAUAGAACAAUUUCCAGAGUCUUUUUUUACUGUUGAACAUCAUGAGAACCGGAAAUCUAAUGUUCAAUUCUUUCAAGAGUUGGGACUGAAGAAUAAUAUAAUCAGCAGGUUCUUCACAAGUGCACCCGAUAUUUUUUACAAGCCUGUUGAGAAAAACAAACAUAUAGUAGAGACAUUACAGAGAAUAUAUCUAAAUUUAGGUGGUUCUAAUGCCAAUAUGAAGAUCUGGCUUCUGAAAUUAUUGAGUCAAAACCCAUUUAUUUUGUUAAAUAGCUCCACAGCAAUUCAAGAGAACUUGGAGUUUCUCCAGAAGAAAGAUUUCACUGAUUCUGAAGUUCUGCAGCUUCUAUCUAGGCUUAAAGGUUUUAUUUUUAAUCUUAGCCCUAACACUAUGCAGAGGAGCAUGUUUUUUUCCAAAGAUGUUUUUAAGUGCAGUGAUCAAGAAUUAAAAGAGCUAGUGUUGAAAUGCCCUGCUCUCCUCUACAAUUCUGUUCCAGUUCUGGAAGAAAGACUCAAGGGACUGUUGAAGGAAGGAAUUUCUGUAGAUCAGAUUAAAGAGACACCAAUGGUGCUGGAGCUGACAACCCAAAUUGUGCAGUACAGAAUUAAAAAGUUAGCUGCUUUAGGAUACAAUAUAAAAAAUGGAAAUCUAGAAAAUUUGAAUGGAACAAAGAGAGAUUUUGAAGCCACUUAUUGUAGGAUACAAGCAAAGAGAGAGAGACCAAUGUUUAAUCCUGUUGCUCCUUUAGAUUAAUUUGAAUACCUUUAAUUUAUUCAAAAAGGGAACUUUAUCCUUUAAGGAUGGAAAUAAAAAUAUCCUUAGGGUACGUCUUCACUACCCGCCGGAUCGGCGGGUAGCAAUCGAUUUCUCGGAGUUCGAUAUAUCGCAUCUCAUCUAGACGCGAUAUAUUGAACCCCGAACGCGCGCCC